GAAAGUUUUACACUUUACAGUACUUGAUUUUCCUCUGUUUUUGCUUUGUUUGUUUCCCGAGAAUCCGUGGUGUAAUUGUUAGCUGGAAUGGUUGGGAAAAAGGAAAUCGGAAUUUGAAUCCUAAAUGGAGCUCUGUGUGCAAUCGACAGACGUAGCGGUGGAGGAGAUCAUGCGAAUCCAUAGAUCUCUGCCGCCACGGCCUGGAAUCGAAGAUGUUGAAGCGGCGAGGACGUUGAUCCAGAACGUGGAGAAGGAGGAUCAAGCGAGACUCGAAGCUAUUGGGAGACAAACAAAGGGUCGGAAUGUGCCUGAGGAGCUUUUCAUGGUGCUUCAGGAGAUGCAGAAGAAGUUACUUUAUUUUCAAAGCAAGGAGCAGAAUAGGGAGGCCUUGAAAUUGCUCGAUCUUGAGAACGUCCAUGCCCUGUUCGAUGAAUUUAUAAAGAAAGCCAACAAUUGCCUCAAUUCUCCUUCCUCUACUUCUUCUUCGUCGUGGUCGUUCAAGUCUCAUAACUCCAAUGGUUCUAGUUCCACGGUUUCUUCUACUUCCAGUUUGUCCAAGACGACUGCUCCGGUUUCCAUUGCCAUGAAGUCAUCUGUUGCUGCUGCUACAGCAACUACUUCAAGUUUCUACCCGGCGAAGGAGCCAGUCAAGAGCACUGAAUUGUUCGCUAGAGAUGACAGUUACAUAAAGAAAGUUAAGUCAUCGUUUUACAGUGAUGGACCUCGUAUUCCAUCCUCAACUCAGAAAUGGGAUUCCACUAUCAGACAUGGGAGUGCUUCAGGUCAAGAUGGUGAUAAGUUGAGUUUAAUUAAGCUGGCUAGCUUAAUUGAAGUCUCUUCAAAGAAGGGCACUCGGGAUCUUAACCUCCAAGACAAGUUAUCAGAUCAAGUUGAGUGGAUUCCUGAUUCCAUAGGGAAGUUAUCAAGCUUGAUUACACUUGAUUUAUCUGAAAAUCGAAUUGUUGCAUUGCCCAACGCCAUUGGAGGCCUUUCAUCUUUGACGAAGCUGGAUUUGCAUUCCAACAGUAUUGCUCAAUUCCCUGAUUCAAUAGGAAACCUCCUUUGCCUGCUCUAUCUAGAUCUCAGGGGUAACCAAUUAUCAUCUCUGCCUGCAACCCUUGGCAGAUUGGUUCGCCUUGAAGAGCUUGAUUUAAGCUCAAAUCAGCUUGGUUCCCUCCCUGAUACGAUCGGUUCACUCGUUAAUUUGAAGAUAUUGAAUGUGGAGACAAAUGACAUUGAAGAGAUUCCACAUUCUAUCGGUCGGUGUACUUCACUUAGGGAGCUUCAUGCUGAUUAUAAUCGGCUUAAAGCUCUUCCUGAAGCUGUUGGAAACAUAGAAAGCCUAAAGGUUUUAUCUGUGCGUUAUAAUAACAUUAAACAGUUGCCUACAACGAUGUCAUCUCUAGCAAACCUGAAGGAGCUUGAUGUGAGUUUCAAUGAGCUUGAGUCAGUGCCCGAGAGCUUAGGUUUUGCUACUUCACUAGUCAAGAUGAACAUAGGGAACAAUUUUGCUGAUCUAACGUCGCUACCGAGGUCAAUAGGGAACCUUGAGCUGCUAGAGGAGCUGGAUAUUAGCAAUAACCAGAUCCUGGUCCUUCCAGACUCUUUUAGGAUGCUAACACAUCUCCGCGUCCUACAUGUAGAAGAAAAUCCUCUGGAAGUGCCUCCUAGACAUAUUGCUGACAUGGGUGCACAGGCUGUUGUUCAAUACAUGGCUGAUCUUGUUGUAAAAAGGAAUGUCAAAUCACAACCGAUGAAGCAGAAGAAGAGUUGGGCACAGAUGUGCUUCUUUUCAAAAUCUAACAAAAGGAAACGAAAGGGAAUAGAUUAUAUAAAAGCCUGAAUUACAGCAUCACUGAUGAGAAAAUGAUCCCAUUUCAUUUCCCCACUUGGGGAGCUCAGAGCUGUUAGCGUUGAAAUGAAAACCAGAGAAAUGAAUGAAAUCAAUCUUA